AUGUACCUAGGCCCUGUAUGUAAGGCAGAUAAAGGUUCAGUUAAGGUCUGUUGCAAGCCAGGUAUGACAGCGCAAGCCCUGCGAAAACAACGUGAGUUAUACAACGUGUUUCUUGCCAACGGAGACAAUGGGGAUGCUGCAGAAGCGCGCAAUGAUGGGGGCAAGAAGGCCUUGUUGGCCGUGACCUUGCUGGGAAUCAGUGGGUUUAUAAUUGCAAAUUACACUCGACAAACUAUUUGGCCGUCCUUCCUUCUAUCCGUUCCUUUGAAGGCCUGGAACUUGAUCCACGCACUUUCUGCAAUGGCAUUUGCCGGCGGAGUUGUUACAACAACAUUGCUGGAAUGGACGCUUCCCAAUUUGAAGGUCCAAGAACAGGAGCAGAACAGUCUGCUGAAGUGGCUAUGGCAGGUGGAGUCCUUGCUGGUUCUACCAGCAGUCUGCACCAGCCUGAUAUCUGGUGUGGCCCAGUCCUUCCAUUCCUACCGCAGCUUGCGAUAUGCUCCUCGCCAUGUCAAGUCAGCCUUGCACUUGAUGUUCUUAUUCGGCCUCUGGUGGAUCUGGGCGGACCGUGGCUCCCAAGCCACCCUCGAGGCGGAAGUGGAUUUGAGGACGCUCCACCGGCGGCGCAUAUACAACGUCGUCUCAUGUGCCUUUCUGGUGGCUUUGUACAGCAUUAUGAUCCUUAAACCAGGCUACCGCCCCUGA